AUGAGGAAUACAAGGACGAGUUCUUUCAAAUUGAAAUUUAAGAACACACAAGAAACAGUGUUGAAUCUAGAUGAAGACGAUGAUGAUUUCGUCGCUCUACCUAUAGAAUAUGAAGCAGAAGGUGUUAGAAGUGAGCAAAUUGAUAGAAAUAUUGUUGGAUCAAGAAAAACAAAGAAACAGAAGAAAAAAACUUCAAGAUCAGAACAUGCAAAGAACAAUGUAGAAUCUGGAAAAUCAGAUGUUAACAAAAAUAAAGAAGAGACAAUACCAAGUGAUAACACAUUUGUUAGAAGGAUGAAAAGGAAAGGUUUUGCGAGAAGUGCACAUGCUAAGGAUAGUAAUAAAUCCUCGGAAGCAAGUGGUGAAAGGAAAAAAACCAAGAAGUCUAAAUGUGUUACUUUUGGGGAGUAUGAGUGGGUAGUGAAUGAUGCACAUUCAAAGAAAUCUCCAAAGAGAAAGAAGGGAAAAAUAGGGCAUGAAAAUGUUAAUAUCAAAACAAAAGAGGAGAAGGUCAGAAAGGUAAGCAAGGACCAUCCAGAAGGGUAUAGAAGACUUGCAACUAGGAUGACUCCUGAUAGGAUUAGUGCAGCUGUCAAAGUAAUGUCCCCUGCACAAAAACUGGGAUUAUGUGUAUUGGUUUUGGUUCACUUCUGA